AUCCGAACUGCUGCCAUGGAGACCGAGGAUGGGGGAGAGCCGGGGCCACUGUGGGUGUCGGAGACUCUGCGGGUGCUCGCUGCUGCCCUGCGGGAGUGCGGGGCGCCCUUUACCGUCUGGUUCAAAGAGAGCAACCAGAAGAACCUGAGGAGCCGGGACUUCCUGGUGCCCCGGGGAGCGCUGAGGAAUUCCUUCCCCGAGGGAGAGGUUCCGGCAGAUCUGAUCCAGAAGCUGAUGACAUUAAAAGUCCCGGGAACUCUCCCUAUUAAAAAAUGUCAGCAGACAGAAGCCGGGCUUGUCAUCCAGCUGGACAGGCUUGACACCUUCCAUCGAAUUCUGAGAGACUUCACACCGUAUAUGAGGCCUGUCCCGCCCUCCUCGGAUGCAGUACAGACCGCACUGAUCCUGAACUGCGCCCCCCUGCACGCUUGCACCAGUCUGGACACCUUCAAGCUCAGUCACCUUAGAGCCGUAUUAGUGGCAGAUCACAUGGCAGAGGUGCUCACACUAAGAGGGGAACAGGUCCAUUUGAUACCUCCAAUCAGGAACAAGGACAUUGGUGACUUUUUGAAGCAGCUGGGGAUCACAUGGCCUUCUGUUAAAUCUCUGGAUGUAGAUCAGACCAUUUCUAGAUACAAGUAUUGCUUGAAGGAAGAACUUGGCAGCAGCAGCAGCAGUGUCAGUGGGGACUGUCACCCGCCAGCAGAUGCGUCUUCUGUGUCCGCCCUCUUCAGUGUACAUCUGAAAUCCAGUUCUCAGGAGCAUGGCCUCUGCCUGGAGGGAUAUGACCCAAAUAUCGACCAUUUCCUGGUCAGCGAGGACGACCUGAACCAUGUGGCAUGGCUGGAGAAUUCUGUCAAGGAGUCUAUGGGGGCAGGACCCUGUGCUGUUCUUCACAUCGUUAGCCGCGAGGAAGAGUUCCACCAGCAGAAGCUGGACCUUCUCUGGAGGUUGCUGGAGCCCGGAGCAGCAGCCGUCACUCAGAAGCAUCUAAUUUGUGGACCAGUGAUAGUCCUCAGUCCGCAGUCCCCGGUCAGCUGCUCUCAGUAUUUUCAUUUGCGGAAGGCCCAGAUGCACAAAGCUUCCGUCAUGAAGUACGGGGACUGUGUUCAAGGUGACAGCUGGGAUGAAAUUAUCAACUCUCUCACCUCAGCUGCAAUCAAAUUUGAGUUGAUGGCAACCCCUCAUCGUACACAGGUAAACCUGAAUUUAGAGGAAGCAAACAUUACAACAAAAGGAACAAAGAGUGGGGCAUUUGUGAUGUAUAACUGUGCCCGGCUCUCCACGCUGUUUGACAGCUACAACAAUGCCGUCAGCCAAGGUACAGAGUCCAGAGGGUUACAUACGGACAGAAAAGUCAGAGGAUUGUACCCAGAAUUUCCACCAGCUGCUGAAUUCAACUAUUCCAGCCUGAGUGAGGAGGGAGAAUGGCUCCUGCUCUUUAAUUACAUCCUGAUGUUCCCAGAGGUCCUAAGCGAGGCGGCACAGAUCUCACUGACGUCCCCAGGCAUCCGGGUCACAGCCAGCACCGAAGCGAUAUGUAAAUUCCUCGUCAAUCUCAGUAUGGACUUCAGCUGCUACUAUAACAGAGUGCAUAUCCUGGGGGAGCCGUUACCUCACCUCUUUGGUUUGAUGUUUGCUCGCCUACAGCUGAUGAACGGUAUUAGAAGUUUGCUGCAUUCUGCAUUGUCUACAUUACAUCUACAACCUCCAGCCCAGAUAUGA